GUCAACGAGCCAUCUUUGUUCCCCCUUAAUCCAAAGCAUCUUAUUUUUUGUGUACACAGUGGCAGAGAGGCGAGUCAGCUGAAGCUCCGUGCGGCUCAUAGACGGGAUAUCAGGCGAGAGGAGCGCGCGGACGAGAGGCAAAAGACGAAGAGCGGUUCUGAGAGGAUCAACAGCAAACAAACAAACAAAUAAAUAAAUAAACAAUCACCUCUGAAAUCGAGAAGAAGGGAGAAAAAAAAAACGCCCGAGGCAGCCCACCCAACCUUCCAGAAACCACCUUUCUCCAGGACCUGUAUAUAGCUGCACACAAACCUCAGUGAGAAAUGUCUGCCCCAGGCCCCGCCGGCGCACCCGCCCCAGAGGGAGGGAACCAGGCCCCCCCAAACCUGACCAGCAACCGCCGCUUACAGCAGACGCAGGCUCAGGUGGACGAGGUGGUGGACAUCAUGCGUGUGAACGUAGAUAAGGUCCUGGAGCGAGAUCAGAAGCUUUCAGAGCUGGACGACCGGGCCGACGCGCUGCAGGCCGGAGCCUCACAGUUCGAGACCAGCGCCGCCAAGCUGAAGAAUAAGUACUGGUGGAAGAACGCCAAGAUGAUGAUCAUCCUGGGGGUGAUAUGUGUGAUUGUGCUCAUCGUCAUCAUCGUCUACUUCAGCACCUAAAGGCCGGCGCUCCUACCCCAGUCUGCGCUCAUGACCACCCGAUUUACAACAGCUGAAUUAUCUACCCCUGCAAAGAGUGUAAAUCUGUCCCCUCGAUGAACCCUGUAACACCCCCCCCCCAAUAAACCCCACCCCCCUCACAGCAGGACCCCAGUCUCUCCGUCCAUCCCCACGUCCAUCCGUCCGUCCGUCGGUCCGUCCAUCCUGUGAGUCUGUGGUCGUGUCUCCUCUGUAAAUACGUCCCCGCUUUUUCUGAAACGUCCUUCACAAACUCUAAAAUAUCGACGAGAGGGCGACCCUGGCGACCCCGGCGACCCCGGCGACUAUUGGGUAUAUUUAUGAUCUACCGUAUAUACACGAAUCGUCCUUUGUAGACUUUUAUUCUGAUAUUAUAACAGUUUUUUGUAGUUUGUGUGCGUGUGAAUGUGUGCAUUUGUACGUUAUUUUGUUUUUUUUAUUAAUUAAUUUACUUAUUUUUGUACGACUCCUCUUGCUUCGGCUUCGACAAACUGCCUACAGAUCUCUGUGUAUAUAUUGCACGUUCUUCCUCUCAUCCAUCCUCAAUCCUUCUCUUCUUCUUCUUCCUCUGCUUACUGUUGAGUUUUAGUGGGUUUUUGCACAACCGAGAUACAAAAUCAGAACCUUUUUCCGCGUCACACGACCGUCAGAUCCAUCCAGCAUGUCACUCUCCCUCCUUCUUUUCUUCUCUUUUUCUUUUUCUUACCAACAAUAGACUCGUAGCCUUUUUGUAAACUGCCACAAAAUGAUUUGGACCAAUGUCUGUAGAUGUCUUUUAUUCUUUUUAACGUCUAUUUAGUGUCUUAUCUCUUAAACAUUCCUUUAUAGCAGUGUAGGACUAUGCUGUCUAUAAACUGCAUGCAGACAUACAGGGCGUGGGUUUGCCAAUACAGUGGGAAUCUAUUGAAAAAGUCGAUUGAUCAGGCCUAGCAGAGCGAAAGCGCACACUGUGCAUUGCAGUUGGGCUUUGUAAACGUACCAGUGGCCACUUAAUACCACUAAACACAAAUUAGGGCCCGAAAAUGGCCCGAAAUCAACCAGUUUCGAUACCAGAGAUGCUCCACAAGCAUUAUUUGGAGCGGAAAUUACCAGAAAGGGGAAACGAUCAUGCACAAGAACCUCGUUUUUGAUGGCGCUUUUAAACUUGAGCGAGGCAGAACCGCAAAAACGUGCAACUUUCUCACUAAACGCGACUCAAAUCCACGAAAACGAACUCGUUUAAAAGUACAAGCAGGCCAAAACGUCGCCAGCAGAAUUAGUUUUAUCCUUCAAAGCACACGUUCCGCCGUGAGUCGGUUGCUAGCGCUGUGUUUCUGUCUUAUUAUUACUUUUUGUCUUAUUAAAUAGAGAUUAUGCCUUUUUUUAGUUUGGUUUUUUAACGUAGAAGUAGAUUAUAUUUGUAUUCAGAGUAUAUUUUGUGUGAGUGAAGCAGGCAGAAAAGGGACCAGAUCAUUCAGGACUUUAUUUGCUGCAGUGUGUGAGUGUGUGUGUUUGUGUGUGUGUGUGUGUGUGUGUGUGUGUGUGCGUGUGCGUGUGCGUGCGCGCCUGUUUGUUGGUUUUAGCUCUGUAGUUUAUACACUGCCAGGCACCUGGGGGGACGUUUUCUGUUUCUCUUUUUUUUUUCUUUUCUUUUUUUCUAUCUCUUUAUUUUCGCAGUGCCCUUACCGGUUUGCUCUUAUGCAUACAAACCCCCCCUCCCCGCUCCCCCCUCCCCCUCUGCUCCCAGCACACUCAGAAUUACCCAUCAUCCCCCAGUGCUCCAGUCACACAGGACACAAUCUGUCAGCAUGAAAUGAGCCAGUGAUGAUGUGUGCAGCUACACGUGAUCACGCAUGUAAGCUGGAUGUCUCUCGCUCUCCCUCUCUCUUCCUCUCCUGCUCUCUUUUUCUCCCCCCCCUCUCUCUCACUCGCUCUUUUUCUUUUUCUCCUCUCUCUCUU